UCCUCCGCGGCACCCGUAGGCUGCGACAUCCGAUGACGUUUCCGUUGAGGAGGAGUUCCUGCUAAUCCAAACACAGACGGGACCAACAUCCACGGGAUUAUUAUCGAUAUCAGGACCGUUGAAGAGCGUCGGGAUGGCAGCUCAGAAGAUAAACGAAGCCCAUGAACACAUCGCUAAAGCGGAGAAAUGCUUAAAGACGAGUCUGACAAAAUGGAAACCUGACUUUGACAGUGCGGCAUCAGAGUACGCCAAAGCAGCUGUUUGCUUCAAGAACGCAAAGCAGUAUGAGCAAGCUAAGGAUGCUUACCUGAAGGAGGCUGAGUAUCACACAGAAAACAAGACACUCUUUCAUGCUGCAAAGGCUAUUGAGCAGGCAGGGAUGAUGAUGAAGGAGCAAAAGAAAAUGCCAGAGGCCAUCCAGUACAUAGAGAAAGCCUGCAUGAUGUACAUGGAGAACGGGACGCCCGACACCGCCGCUAUGGCCUUGGAUCGGGCCGGAAAACUCAUAGAGCCCAUAAAUCUAGAGAAAGCUGUUGACCUUUACCAGAAGGCGGCAGGUGUAUUUGAGAACGAAGACCGUCUGCGUCAGGCGGUGGAGCUGCUGGGAAAAGCCUCCAGACUGCUGGUCAGGUUAAAAAGGCUGGACGAAGCUGCAGUUGCUCUGCAAAAAGAGAAGAAUAUGUACAAAGAGAUUGAGAACUUCCCCAUGUGUUUCAAGAAAACCACAGCCCAGGUUCUGGUCCAUCUUCACCGCGGCGACUUCGUGGCGGCUGAUAAAUGUGUCCGGGAGAGUUACAGUCUGCCCGGCUACAGCGGGAGUGAAGACUGCGUUGCCAUGGAGACGCUGCUGCAGGGCUACGACGAGCAGGACGAGGAUCAGGCCUACCGCGUGUGCAACUCCCCUUUACUGAAGUACAUGGACAACGACUACGCCAAACUGGCCAUUUCCCUGAAAGUCCCUGGAGGAGGAGGGAAGAAGAAGAAGGCCGCCGCUGCUCCACAAGGGGGCGCCGGCGGGGCGCCUUCAGCUGCAAAGGACGAGGAGGAUGACGAGUACGAGGGCGGGUUGUGUUAACCUGUCGCCACCAGAACCUCCUCUGUGUUCAGAACCUUUUCAACCCGGACGUUGGCCUGUUUGAUCUCUAACAAGCUGAUAAAAAAAAGGAGAAAAACCCAAACGUUCCAGCCAGUGCCGCAGAAGAGCAUAUCGGGCCUCUUAAGUUUGUUCUUCUGCCUGGCGCAGGAACGUGUUCUGUUUUGUGUCGUCUCGGUGAAGCUGUACAUUUUGCUGUUAUUGUUAGAUUAUUAACUAUAAAAAUACUCUAAACGCGACUGGAUCAGUGGAUAGGUGUUUUAUUUGUACAGAGAUAAUUUAUUCAGUAUUCACGGCUGCUGGGAAUGAUACCGAAGCAAUAUGCAAUCACACUGGUAAUAAUGCAUGUUUAAAAACAAUAAAAUGGUCAUGCAAAGUCAAAUAUGAUGCAUUUAAGAAUCUUCUAGAGUGACCCUGUUGUCUUCAGCAGCAGUGAUUACAAUAACAAUCAAAAUAUACGCUAAGUUUGUUCUUCUACUUCAAGGUGUCUGCUACCUUAAAAUAAAGAAAUAUAGUCCUGUGUGUACCGCCAUUUUUUAUUUACUUUUGCAAUGUAUAAAUCAGAGAAACUUAAGUGGAAAACAUAAAAAAAGGGACCAUGAUGUGUUGUCAGUUUAUAAAUGAAAUAUUAGGCUUAUUAAGAUGAUAAAGUGGUUGUUUACAUUUUUUAUUUAUUCCUUUUCCCCGUCAUUUCCUGUUUACUCCUCAACCAGAUUCCCAAACUUUGCACACUUCUCAAUAAACCUGUUCUGUGGCCCUCGAA